UUUUGGUUCUAAAAAGAUGGCGGACUCUUGUUUUCAAGAUCGGUCACAUAGAAAUACGAUAGUUUUCAGAUACCCAGCGAAAGUUGACAUAUUACGUGUACAAUAAUACCGAGUGGAUGAAAUUAUCGUUGCUACGGAUUUACUGGUGGGAUCGAAGAAGUUUCAUUGAGGUUCGUAAGCGACGUGAAAGCGGUGUCUUUAGCGUGCAUAUUAGACGAACUCCGAAGCGAAGUGAUUUUCAGAAAUUUCGGUUGUUUUCUGUGCGAAACAGAGUUCGACGAAUUGGAAAACGUUAUCGGGAUAAAAAGGAUAAGAUGGUUUGAUCCGAAUGAACGUUCACGAGGUUUAAUAACCCGACGAUCGACAUAGUAGCGAUACUUACUUGGUUAGGUUGAUUGUCUAGGUAUAUAGACAUACCUAUGAUAGCAGAACAAAGUUCCACGUGUUCCUCUCGGUGGUUCACGUUAAAACGUGACGUUGAAUUAACCUUGUAAACAUCACGUUAAAUGUGUUAUUCCAAUCUAUAAUGGCGUCAAGUGAUUUUGAUGUGGAGCUCUUCGAACGAAGGCUUCACACAUUGAAAGAUUCGCAGGAGUCAAUACAAGGUCUUUCUGCUUGGUGUUUGGAGAGGAGACAGCACCAUAAGAAGAUUGUUGCUACCUGGUUGCAAGUUCUUAAGAAGGUAAAAGUUGAACACCGUCUUACACUUUUUUAUCUGGCAAAUGAUGUUAUACAAUACUCCAAGAGAAAAAAUUUUGAAUUUGUGGAAUCCUGGGGCACAACUCUGCAACGAGCAACGACCAUGGUUAGAGAUGAGAAAGUGAAACAUCGUAUAUUAAGGAUUUUUAAAAUUUGGGAUCAGAGACAAGUGUAUGAUGAAGAAUUCCUGGCAGACCUAUCCGGAUUAAUUUCAGCAGCUCCAAAAAAGAAAUUAGAACCCCAGCCAACAGUACCUCCAGAAGAAUUUCAAGCUGCUUUACUCAUUUCUACUAUGAGAUCAUGUGCUACACUGGAGCAAGCAACUGAUGCUCGAUUAAGAGAUUUACGUGACAGCAAUAUAGAUAUAGAGAAUGCAGAAGAAUUAUGUGCUUCUUUGAAAGAUAGGAGAAGGGUUGAAGAUGCAGAAAAGGAAGUGGAUUUGGCAGUUAGAAAUGUUGAAAAUUAUGUACGUGCAUUGGAGGCAGAAAUUAGAGAAAGAACUCAAGUACUUGAGCUGUUAGAACAGGCUGAUCAAUUUUAUGAAACUCAAAGAGGUGAAGUGAAAAUAGUUACUAAUGCAUACAGAAAUUUUGGUAGUCGUGUAAAAAAUUUGAAGAAAAAAUUGGAUGAGCUUUUACCAACAUUAGUUUCACCAAUUCCAUCACCAGACAUAAAUGCUCCAUCUCCAAGUCCUGAUAGUGAUAUAGAACUUCCAGGAGAAGAAAAUCAAUCUCAAAAUCAGUUAGGAGUUAUAGAUGUAGCACCACCAUCUAUGUAUGGUUCAUAUUCUCAUGAAUAUGAUCCAGUACCUGUACCAGCUCCAGAAAUGGGCCAAGGCAAUGAUUCCGGUGAUUUUACUAAUAAUUUUUCAUCUUUUAUGGGAGGAAAUGUGGAUUUUGGUAAUAUGCGAAACAUAUUUAAUGAAAGAUCGUUAACUCCUACUGGAAUGUCACAGCAAUAUAACGAAUCAUUGGAGGCUAAACCAAUAGAAGUAAUCAACAUGAGGCCCUCCAAAAAUGAAAGUAAUAGUGCAGAUUUUAAUAUCUCUAGUUUUUUAAAGACUGUUCUUCCUUCCUCUGAUGGAUCUCAAGAUCCUGGUGGUAUUCCUGGUCUUGGUUUAGAUAUUCCAGAAUCGCGAGUAGAAUCUCCACAGCGUUCAAAUUAUAGACACUCACCUAUACUAGGGCAGCAUUCAGUAACCCCUGUGAUCUCAAGAAUUAUGGGAAAUCAAAACACACCUAUUGGUGUGAAUAAUUGUCCUAUAACCCACAGUACUCCAUUACCUGUUCGAAACUUAUCCGGCGAGUCGCAUACUCCUUCACCGUAUUCCAGUCAAAACAGCCAGAGUAAUAUUACUGUACCUUUUGAUGGCCCAACUAAUAAUAAUACUGUUAAUCCUUUACCACCUCCACCAUUACCUCCACCAAUUUUUCUCGACGAUGAAAACUGUUAUAAUAAGUUACCACCUAAGUUUCCAACAUGGACACCUACGAGUGAAACAAUGAAGGAACCAGCCAAAUGGGAGGAAAAGGGUUCCGUAAUAUUUCCAGGAAAAAAUAGUAUGAAUCCAACUUGGCCUGGUGAAUGCGAUGAAAAAGCAAAAACUUGGAUAGAUGGUGAUAUGGAUAGAUGGGAUCCUAGUAACGAAACUACGUGGACUAACGCUGUUAGAGGGAAAAAUGAAAUCUUAUCUGAAACACCAGAGUCACCACCCAUGUAUGAGAAAGCUGGAUUUACAGAUCCAGUUGAAUACGAUGACUCUCAACCACAAGAAUCUCUUUUAAGUACUGCUGGAGAUGUAGAUCAUAGAGUAAUACCUAUCCCGAUAACGGUAGAGAAUCAAUUACCAUAUCGUUUGAUGAAAGCAGCGGAUGUUGAUCAUCGAAACUUGAUUAGUUUAACAGGAAGUCCGGCGAAUCAUAAUGUCAACGACAAUUCUAUGAAUGCGUUAGCUAACAGUAACAACUUGUGGUCCACAGGCGAUCAAGAUUACCGGCAACACAUGCAACCAGGCGAUAUUGUGGAAAGCGUCGACAUGGAAAUGUCGGACGACGAGACUGACAGUAAGCCAAAGGGAAGGGUUUUAGUUGACGUUCGAUCACAAGACAGGGAUAUGAGAGUCGGUAAUCAAUCAGCGACUUCACAGCACAUGGACAUGGACAUGCGAAUGAUUCCGCUUCCCGCGGGUCAAAUGCCAGGAUCUCACGGACAAAUAAUGCAAGACGUGCACAUGAUGCAUUCAGGGCCACUUCCGCCCCCACCUCCGCCACCGCAGUUUCAUCCAGGCCAACCAUCAUUUCAUCAAGAUCAAACAGACUUUCGACACAAUCCCGCAGAAUUUCAUCCAGCUCAAUCAAAUUUUCAUCAAAACAGGCCACCGCCAAAUUUCAUCCAAAACCAGCAGGAUUUUCCACAAGAAUUCCAUCAAAUGCACCAAACUCAGUCAGAAUUUUCAAAGCAAGAGUUUGAGUAUCGUGAAAAUCACGCAUUACGACCUAAUCAGGAGUUCCUUGGUGAGCCACAAAUGCGUGGCAGGUACUCUCAAUCAACGGAGCACCAGCAUAGAGAUAUCGGUUUUCAUCGGAACGACCGAGGAGGUCGAGGUAGUCGUGGUUUUCCAAGGAACCGACGAGACAGAUACUCGGAUGAUCACAAGCAAAGGAACCUUCAAAACAGUCGCAAAUCCCGAUCGCAAGAGCAACAUCAGAGGUCGUCCCCAGAAAUCCUACCAAACAGUCGCCCUUUACUGGUACCAGCACCAGACACUGUUGUCAUUCUCGACGAAGAUGGUAUGCCCAUAGGACUGUCCAACGAAAACAAAGCGCCAACGAAUGAAGAGCAUCUUCCAGACACCGAACAAGAAGAAAACUGUCAAGAUCGUAGAUUACUACACGGCACACCAAACUCACGGAGCCUCGACCAGCAAUCUGUAUACUCAAGUGGUUCGAAUCUUCACGAACACGAGUCUGAACCUCCAAUUAUGGAGACGGACGAACAACAAGCAAUGAACCAAGUGACUGUUGUACCCGUGAUAACGGAGCCUAAAGACUCGCAGCACAAUCAAUAUGUUCCUGUCUCAGAAUAUGAAGAACACAUUGAACCAGAAGCUAUAAUCUCAGAGAAGACCUGUGACAGUAGCGAAUCUAUUGAAAAUACGGGUCAAGAAAUGAAUCUGCCCGAGCAGUCGCAACAGCAACACAUACCAGAUCAAGUAGACGAUCUUGGAAAUUCAACGCCAAGCAACGAAUUGAAGAGACCGUCGACGAAUGGUAGCUUUGACGAGAACGAUGUUAGCUGUAGUAAAAAGAGAAUCGUGUCGAACGGGCCGCAGACACCGACAGAGUCUGACGCUGGUUUGAACGGGCCGAUACCACAGGCCUCGGCGGAAUCACAUCAAGGAAUGUACGACUUCGACGGUCCCGUUGGGCCGAACUUUCGACCGCGUCUCGGUGGUCCGGUUCCAUUUCCUCCUUGGAGGGGUGGUCCACCUCGUGGUAGGGGUUUCAGAGGUGGUCCAAGAGCUCCUUGGAUGGACAGGGGACCUCGUGGACCUGUGAUCGGUAACUUCAUGCCGAGGGGACUGAAACGCGGUGGACAAUUUAGGGGUAACGGCUUCAGAGGUCGGGGACGUGGUAACAAUUGGUAGAAAGUGCAUGAAUUCUCUCUAUUAAGAAGGAUAAAAGGGAAAACAAGAAGGAAAGAAACUUUUGCUGCAGUUUUUACCAAGGGAGGAACAUACAUUGUUUUUGAAAAAUAAGAAAGAACGAUCGUUUUUUUGUAUUCUGUACAUACGUAUUAAUUACUGCGUGAAAAAAAGAAACCCACUGUGGAAUCGUCACAUAGGGAGACCGUUGUGUGCAUCUCUGGACAUAUAGACGGGGGAAUGGGGUUAAGAGUUGGUGUGAUCCUAGAUGAGGUGAUUUUCCUUGUCGGAGAUUCACACUUCUCUGUGCGAUUGAUUCGCCUAUAUACAUAUAUAAAUAAAACUACAUAGAUAAUAUAGAUAUAAAGGAUGUACACGUACAUAUAAACGCAUUCUCUCUCUAUCUCUUUUUCUUGCUCCGUCUCUUCAUGCUCAUUGAAGAAACUUGAUUCGAUUCUCAGAUACUUGUACACGCGUUUAUUACAAAGUACUAGAUGUAUUAUCGAAGCGGGACCAUCAACGUUACUUUGAUACAACCUUAUCGUUAGCACUUCCAAUCAGUGCCGAUACAAAUAUUGAUGGAACAAGGGACAUUAUACAAUAAUGUGCUUGCGUAUCGUCGACGGUUCUCGCUUCGGUAAUGGUCGAUAUUUUACCUCUUAGGAUUUCAUGUAAGACAAAAGAAACUUCUGUUUUACGUACAUAUGUGUUAUUACAAGUACAAGCAAGGUGAAAAAAGAAAGAAUAUUUAUAUGUCAAGUGGGUUGACCUGUGAAAAUGAUUUUGCUUUAGCGUUGAUCCUUUUAGCCUGUAAAGGUGAAUGUUACGUGUCGAAACGAGAAAAGCAAAAAAGGAAGAAAAGGAGAGCAGCUCUAGGCCUUUAGAAUUCGUUUCACGGAUCGCUUCUCUUUAUUCACUUGCCUAUUAACCAGAAAUAAAACGCUAAUUGCCUGUUUUUCUCCGCCUGUCCACAUUUCUAAUCGUUUCAUCGAGGCUCGUUUAUAAACAGGCAUGUCAAAUGAAUCUUCAAAGUGUAUUAAUAAAAAUGCAAUGUUUAUGU